CUUAACUUCCUCUCUACAUCUAUCUGUCUAUAAUCCUUCAUAUAAACUUUGAUUAUCACUUAGUUUCGAAAAAUGGGUAUCUCAUCAAUGUGGUGUGUCACGGUUCUUUCACUCAUUGCUUUCGCUCCAAUUUGUUUAUCUCACAAGAUAGACGACAAUGAAGGUAACUUGUACCCGCAAUUUUAUGACCAUUCGUGUCCAAGAGCUCAAGAAAUCGUUAAGUCUGUUGUUGAACGAGCUGUUGCAAAAGAAGCUCGAAUGGCUGCUUCGCUGUUGAGGCUCCAUUUCCAUGAUUGUUUCGUUAAGGGUUGUGAUGCAUCACUGUUGCUGGAUAGCAGUGGUUCUAUAACCAGUGAGAAGCGGUCAAACCCUAACAGGAAAUCUGCACGAGGAUUUGAAGUCAUCGACGAUAUAAAAAAGGCUUUAGAGCAUGAGUGCCCAAAAACUGUCUCUUGCGCUGAUAUCUUAGCUCUUGCUGCUAGAGAUUCUACUGUCUUGGCUGGUGGUCCAAACUGGGAAGUUCCAUUGGGAAGAAGAGAUUCAAGGGAUGCAAGUUUAAGUGGUUCUAACAACAACAUUCCUGCACCAAACAACACAUUCCAAACCAUCUUGACUAAGUUCAAAGUUGUUGGACUCGACCUUGUUGACAUGGUUGCACUCUCUGGAAGUCACACAAUUGGGGAUGCUAGAUGCACCAGUUUCAGACAAAGACUAUAUGGUCAAAAUGGUAACGGCCGAAUUGAUACGACACUCGAUCAAUCUUAUGCUGCUGAACUGAGAACUCGAUGCCCAAGAUCCGGUGGUGAUCAAAACUUAUUCAUCAUGGAUAUCAUAACUCCAAGAAAAUUCGAUAACAAUUACUACAAGAACAUUGUAGCUUCAAAGGGGUUAUUGAAUUCUGACCAAGUUAUGUGGACAAAGAAUGAAGCUUCAAAGAAACUAGUGGAGCAAUACGCUGAAGAUAUGGGACUCUUCUUCGAUCAUUUUGCUAAAUCCAUGGUUAAGAUGGGAAAUAUUUCUCCAUUGACAGGUUCGAGAGGAGAAAUUAGAAGGGUUUGCAGGAGGGUUAAUCACUUUUAAGUGAUGAUUACUAGUAUGAGAGGUUUCUAGUAUGCUACUGUUGGCUGUGCCCCCUGUUUCGAUACAUAUAGUACGAUAUAAGUGUGAUUUGCAUUUUCCUUUCUUGUUGGCAUUACAGUUCUUUAGUAUUUGGGUUAUGCUUGUAAGCAAUAAUUCUCUUCUAUAAAAUUUGAAAUUUGUGUGUUGCAUACAUUUCUAAAA